AUGGGGCAGGUUCGCGAAGAGAUGGAGCGAGAGUUGGAGCACCUGCUGAAGCAGAAGGACGAUCAGCUUCACGCGCUGGAUGCCCGCCUCGGGGCCUCCGAGCGGAAGGCGUCGAACACGCUGAGGCCUGGGUGUAGGCACAGCGGAGGCAACAUGGCCAAGAGUGAGAUGGGAGUGAGAUGGAGUGAGGCGACGCGAAUCGCGGCAGCCUGGGACUUCUUCCGCUCGGUGACCCAAGCGCAUUGCGCGCAAGCGCGACCGUCGGAGCUCGCGUUUCGGCUGCUGCUGCGACGCGCGGGCUGUGAGAUCUGCUGGACCCCCAUGCUGCAUGCGGAUGAGUUCGCAGGCAGCUCGGAGGAGGAGAUCGGGCGUCAAGGCUUCGCCAGCUGCGCGGAAGACAGGCCCUUGGUUGCCCAGUUCUGUGCCAAGACGCCGGAGGAUUUCCUGGAAGCGGCGCGGCAGGUGCAGGACAGAUGCGACGCGGUGGAUCUUAACCUGGGAUGCCCCCAAAGCAAGGCCAUCAAAGGUGGCUGGGGCGGCGCACUCAUGGAGGAAGACAACUGGCAUUUGGCCUUCAGCAUCGUGCGCCUCUGCGCCGGGGCGUACUGGGCUGGCACGUUGCGAGUGCCGGUGACCUGCAAAAUCCGGAUCUUCGCGGACGACCGCAAGACGGUGCGGUUUGCCAAGAUGCUGGAGGAGGCGGGCUGCUUUUUGCUUACCGUGCAUGGACGGCAGCGCGACCGCGCGCUACACCAUGCGCCGGCACGAUGGCAGGCCAUCCGCGCAGUGCAGCAAGCGCUGCGGAUCCCGGUGCUGGCCAACGGGGGUGUAUCUUCCCUGGACACCGCAGAGCGAUGUCUGCAAGAGACGGGCUGCGUCGGCGUCAUGGUGGCAACAUCUUUGCUGCAAAACCCAGAUCUCUUCUUGCCGGAGUCAGAAUCGGCGGGAACUGCCUUGGCGCAGUCUGUAAGGCAGUGCCUGCGGUACCUGGAGAUCUGCGAGGAAACGCCCCCUUGGGCGCUGCGCUGGGCGCGGGAUCAUCUCCGGGCGCUGCUGGCGGGCACGCGCUGUCCGGAGCUGCUGCUGGCCCUGGACGCGGUGGGUGACCAGUCGCUGUCCCCCGACUUCUUGCGCACGGAAGAGAGGCAGGCGUUCUGGCGCCCGCUCUGCCAAGAGUUUCGGGAUGUGCUCAAGAGCCUUUGCGUGCGAGAAGGCCUGUGUGACGAGGACGCUUGCGAUUUUCGUGGACUGCCCUGGGGGCAGAGCAGCGGACGAGUGCACGCGGCACUUCCGGGGUCUUCCCUGGUGGUCGAAGGCGCCAGCCGGGCGCACCAGCAGCUGCUGCGCAGGGCCAAGGUCUCAGAGCGCUUCGCGGAGAGGCAGCGGCAGAAGGCCUUGGCCAUCCAGAGCUGCAUGCAGGCAACCUCCAAGUGGGCGAAGCAGUGA